ACAGAACUACGCAUUUCCGCUAGUUUCAACACCGCGCCACCGAGAGAGCCGCUGAUAAACAACGUCGUCUCAACGCCGAAAGUUCUUUGUUCGUUUUGAGCGUAAGCAACAAGCGGAAGCACCACGAUGUCUGACAAGAUGAAUAUGUCUCUGGACGACAUUAUCAAGCUGAAUAAGAAAGGAGGCAGCGGGGGAAGAUCGUCGAGGCCGGGUGGAAGUUCAGGUCGGGCCGGCGGAUCGUCGAGGCCGGCGCGGAGUCGACAGAAUAACUUCAACCGUGAGAGAAACAACAGAAGCACACCGUACACCAGGCCCAGAGAGUUACCAGACAAAUGGCAGCACGACAUGUUUGAGGAGCAUGCUGGUGGGCACAGAGGAGGACAGAGGGCGGGAGCUGAAAGAAGUGUAGAAAGCAGUGGCAAACUACUGGUUUCCAAUCUGGACUUUGGCGUCUCUGACUCGGAUGUCAAGGAAUUAUUUGCAGAGUUUGGGGAUUUAAAGAAAGCCUCUGUGCACUACGACCGUUCUGGUCGCAGUAAAGGAACCGCAGAUGUUCACUUUGAAAACAAGGCCGAUGCACUCAAAGCCAUGAAGCACUAUAAUGGUGUCCCACUUGAUGGCCGCCCCAUGAAAGUCCAGCAGGUGACCUCAGAAGACGACAGUCCGAGUAGACAAUCUACACAAAGUUCAAACAGGGGGUUUGACCGGAGCAGGCUUGGACAGCCCAAGUUUGAAAGGAGUGAAAGGAGCGAAAGGAGGCAAGGUGGUGGUGGUGGCGGCGGCGGCGGUAGAGGUUUCAGAGGUCGGGGGAGAGGAAGAGGAAGUGGUAGUGGAAACAGACCCCAGCUUUCUGCAGAGGAACUGGAUGCCCAGUUGGAUGCUUACAAUGCCAAAUUUCAGAUGGACACCAGUUAGAAGCCUCAGAGGAUUCUGCUCCAAACAUUUUUUUCCCCCUCCCCUUUUUCUUUUUAUCUGAUCGAAUAUGAUGGAUUGGAUGUUAUUACACUUGUCUUUUGAAGCCAUUUUAUUGUAUGGACCCUUAUAUUCUGUUGAUUUUAAUGUCUGUGUUUUUGUAGCCAUGUUUUCUGGGGCAGUUUUAUGUUUUGAGGAUUUUUCUCCACCAGCUACUGUGCUCUUUUUCAAAUGUAUGGACACUUUCUUUGGACUGCAACAAUUGAUUUAAAAGAAAAUAAUUCCUCCCCUCCUUUUUUUUUUUUUUUUUUAAUUUUUUAAAUCACGUAAACUUGAUCCAACAGUUUGAUGGGCUGUUUAAUGUAAUGUUAAAUGUUGUAGUUAUAGUUCUCAUUUGGUACUGUAUACUUGACAUAUGGACAUAUUUCAGAGUUUUGUACAUAAAUGAUUAUAUUGAAUCGUC